UCAUUUUUCAAUUAUUUUAUUUAUCAAUUAUAAACACUACAAGCAACUGAUCACACGUGCACACCAAGUUUGAUUCCCAUGUGCGAGCGGUAUUCCGUAAGUGACUGCUCAAUGUGAAACUUACACCGUUAGUCGGUUACUCAGCCGAUGUCGCUACUUGCUGCUAGAAAACACUCCAUCAAUGGAUUUUUGUGCAACGUUUUACUGAUUGCGAUUUCAAAGAAAUUUCACGAGAAUAAAAAAAUUUAUAAUUUUGUCAUUUUGAAUGAAUAAAAAAUUAACUCAACGUGCUUAAAGAAGUUUUACUACAGAAUUUAUUACAUAUUUAAAGUUGUAAUGUUUUGAAAGUACGAAUAUUUCAACAAACGUUUCGAACGAGAGAGCAGACGAAUUUACUAGCCGUCAUUAUACUACCAUGCGAUCGUAAUUUUAGGUGGAAAAUACAAGGUAAACAAACAUGUCAGAAGCAAAUUCAAAAAGCAUCGAAGAAAUUCAAGCUGAAAAUCAACAAAUCUUAGAAGAAAAGCAGAAACUUAUUGACCAUGCUCCCUUUGAGCGUUUAAAAAUUGACGAUGCCAGCUGUCUCGAGACAAUAGAAUCCAGAGAGAUCUGUGGCAAAUGUUUCAAGUCCCGGAAAUUUUUUUGUUAUACCUGCUACACACCUGUCAUCGACGAAAAAUAUUUACCACGACUUAAGCUUCCGAUUAAAAUUGACAUCAUCAAACAUGCCAGAGAGAUAGAUGGUAAGAGUACUGCAGCCCAUGCUGCUGUACUUGCCCCAGAAGAUGUGAAAAUUUACAUCUAUCCUGAGUUUCCAGAAAUUUCAAAAGAUGAAAAAGUAGUUCUAAUUUUUCCCAGUAAGAAUGCUAUGAGCAUAGAAGAUUUAUUCAAAAGAAAGAAAGAUGAAGAUGGUCAAGUAGUUUUUGAAACAAUAAAAAAUCAAUUUCCAGUUACCAGAGCAAUAUUUAUUGAUAGUACGUGGCAUCAAACUAAGUCAAUAUACAAAGAUCAGAGACUACGAGACUUACCAUGUGUAGUACUCAAAUCUCGCAUUUCGCAAUUUUGGAGGCAUCAAAAAAAUAGUCCAAGAUGGUAUUUGGCAACCGUUGAAGCAUUACAUCAAUUUCUACUUGAAUUACAUACAAAUGCCUUUGGAAUAGUUGAGAAUUAUGUAAAAACUGAAACAGAUGUCUCAAAAACAUCAAAAACUGUUACAACAGAGUCUGAUUUAUGUGGGCCUUACAAUGGACAAUAUGAUAACUUAUUAUAUUUUUUCAAAUUUAUGUAUGAAACUAUACAUCGCUACUAUGAUCAUGAAAAAUUGUGGGCCUAUAAAAGACCUUUAAUAUAAAAUUCAUUUAUUAAAUUAGAAAAUAUAUAAACUUAUAGUAUUGUUAUGUAAAAUUUGAAAUUUUAUAGAAACAAGUUCUAAUUGCUGAAAUGAAAUUCAUGAUUUAUUCUAUAUUUUCAAUAAAGUUAUAAAAAACAAA